GCCUCUAAACAGGAAUUUUCUUUCAUUUCACUGUGCUGGUAAGAAGGAUAAAAUGCCAAAAGUGCGUUCAACACCGGGGCGUCCCCGGAAGGAGGGAUUCAACCGUUCAAAUCACAGCUUGAAUCCCGAACGUCCAACGGAGGGACUCAAAGGUGUUGGGAAGCUACGUUCCCGGAGCACGAUAAAUCGCCUGCAGAUGUACCGGAAUUUCCGCGCAAAGAGAGAUCGUCGCGGAAAGAUUGUCACACCAGCACCCUUCCAGGGACGCGUAGCAUCGGGUACAGUGGCACGUGUGGAGCCGAGUGUAAAGUGGUUUGGGAAUUCGCGUGUUAUCUCCCAGAAUGCCCUGCAGAAGUUCCAAGAGGAAAUGGGGAAUGCCAUCAAGGAUCCCUACAAGGUUGUCCUGAAACCCACAGAUCUGCCCAUAACACUCCUCAAUGAGUCAGCAAAGUACCAAAAGGUACACCUCCUGGACACGGAGAGCUUCGAAACUACCUUCGGGAAGAAGAAGCAACGCAAACGCCCCAAUCUUGCUGUUCGUGAUCUCACGGAUAUGAGUCGUACGGCCGAGGAGCAGAGUGAGCAGUACACGGAAGAGAAGGAUCGUGAUUUGGUGCGUGAGGAUGAUGGUGUGAAGGAUGCCGUGAGGGAUUGGGUCUUCGGGGCAGGGCAGAGUAAACGCAUCUGGAAUGAAUUGCACAAAGUUGUGGAUUCAUCUGAUGUCCUCCUCCAGGUGCUGGAUGCACGUGACCCACUGGGGACACGUUCAAAGUACAUUGAGGAAUUCCUGCGCAAGGAAAAACCACACAAGCAUUUAUUUUUCAUCCUCAAUAAAGUGGAUUUGGUCCCGACGUGGGUAACACAGCGAUGGGUUGCUAUUCUCUCCAAGGAAUACCCAACAAUUGCCUUUCACGCCUCCCUGACGCAUCCCUUUGGCAAGGGGGCACUGAUAAAUCUCCUCCGGCAACUGGGGAAGCUUCACAUUGACAAAAGGCAGAUUUCCGUGGGCUUCAUUGGGUACCCGAAUGUUGGGAAAUCCUCCGUCAUUAACACCCUGCGGAGUAAGAAAGUCUGCAACGUUGCCCCAAUUGCGGGAGAGACAAAAGUUUGGCAGUACAUAACGCUCAUGAAGAGAAUCUUCCUCAUUGAUUGUCCAGGCGUUGUCUACCCAUCAGCUGAAACAGAUGCAGAAAAAGUCCUCAAGGGUGUUGUUCGUGUGGAACUUGUUACAAAUCCGGAGGACUAUGUGACGGAAGUACUGAAACGUGUACGUCGGGAGUACAUUGGGCGAAUGUACCGUGUUUCCGAUUGGGAGGAUACGCAGAAUUUCCUCGAACAGGUGGCCAAGAAGACGGGAAAAUUGCUCAAAGGUGGUGAACCGGAUAUAGCAGUUGUAGCACGCAUGGUGCUGAAUGAUUGGCAGCGCGGGAAGUUGCCCUUCUUCGUUGUUCCCGAAGGCUAUGAGGUACCAACAGGUGGUAGUAAGCCAACAGCUCCCGAAGAAGACACCUCCAAGACAGCCGAAACACCGGAAUCCGUGAAGAAAGGCCGUGAAUUGCGACAAGUUCAGGAUUUCCGGAAGAUUCGGGUGAAUUUGGAAUUUGCCGCGGAUGAGAUAAAAGAACUCGAUACAAUUGAUGUGGAACUGCUGGAAAAACAGCGUGAGGAGCGUCGAAAGCGCCCCAAGAUGGCCCAAGAUGACGACGAUGAUUCCUCUUCGGGGCUCAGUGAUAUCUACAGCGAGGAUGAAUGCGCUCAGCCGCAGAUUGUGCCGAAGAAGAAGACAAAAAUUCCAACACCCUGUGGCACUUUUACCGUAGAAGAUGCUCCGGAAGCCACAAAGAUGACCUCAAAAGCCCGACGGGCACUUGAACGUGCACUUAAGCGCAAAAAGAUCGGCAGCAACUUCUACGAGGUGACCAAUGUUAAGAAUCGCCGGAGAAGAAAUUAAAAUGAAAAAGCCUUAAAUAAAAAUCAUGUUUUUUCUUUUUUUAA